UGAACUCUUAGCAAAGGAAGUAAGUAAUGUGUGUCAUGCUAAUCUGUCAGGACCUGGAAGCCGCUUCUUCCGCCGGGGCCUGGUCUCCGCAGAGGAUCGGUUGCAGUCAUGUCGGCUGCGAUUGCAUCUUUGGCUGCGUCCUAUGGUUCGGGUUCAGGGUCCGAAUCGGACUCGGACAGUGAGGGUGGACGGUGUUCACUGCCAGCUUCCGACUCCCUCAUGCACUUGACUAAAUCAGCUUCGGCCAAGCCGUCUCUGGCAGUGGCGGUGGACUCGGCUCCGGAGGUGGCAGUUAAGGAAGAUUUGGAGACCGGAGUUCACCUUGACCCUGCAGUCAAAGAGGUUCAGUAUAAUCCUACCUAUGAGACCAUGUUUGCUCCUGAGUUUGGACCAGAAAAUCCCUUUAGGACACAGCAAAUGGCUGCCCCUAGAAAUAUGCUUUCUGGAUAUGCUGAACCAGCUCAUAUCAAUGACUUUAUGUUUGAACAGCAAAGAAGAACUUUUGCCACCUAUGGUUAUGCAUUAGACCCUUCAUUAGAUAAUCACCAAGUGUCUACUAAAUAUAUUGGUUCUGUAGAAGAAGCUGAAAAAAAUCAAGGUUUAACUGUGUUUGAAACUGGUCAGAAAAAAAUAGAAAAAAGGAAAAAGUUUAAAGAAAAUGAUGCAUCUAAUAUUGAUGGUUUCUUGGGACCAUGGGCAAAAUAUGUGGAUGAAAAAGAUGUAGCCAAACCCUCAGAAGAAGAACAAAAAGAAUUAGAUGAAAUCACGGCCAAGAGGCAGAAAAAAGGCAAACAGGAAGAAGAGAAACCUGGGGAGGAGAAGACAAUCUUACAUGUUAAAGAAAUGUAUGACUACCAAGGCAGAUCCUAUCUUCACAUACCUCAGGAUGUUGGUGUUAAUCUGCGGUCCACUGUGCCACCUGAGAAGUGUUACCUUCCCAAGAAACAAAUUCAUGUGUGGUCUGGACAUACGAAGGGCGUCAGUGCUGUCAGAUUGUUUCCUCUCUCUGGCCAUUUAUUGCUGUCUUGUUCCAUGGACUGUAAAAUUAAGCUAUGGGAGGUUUAUGGAGACAGGCGCUGUCUACGAACAUUUAUUGGUCACAGUAAAGCUGUUAGGGACAUCUGCUUUAAUACUGCAGGAACACAGUUCCUCAGUGCAGCUUAUGACAGGUAUCUUAAGCUCUGGGACACUGAGACAGGACAGUGUAUAUCAAGGUUUACAAACCGAAAAGUGCCCUAUUGUGUCAAAUUUAAUCCUGAUGAAGAUAAGCAAAAUCUCUUUGUAGCUGGCAUGUCUGAUAAGAAGAUUGUGCAGUGGGACAUUCGAAGUGGAGAAAUUGUUCAGGAGUAUGACCGGCAUUUGGGAGCCGUCAACACCAUUGUUUUUGUUGAUGAGAACAGGAGAUUUGUGAGCACAUCUGACGAUAAGAGCCUCCGAGUUUGGGAAUGGGACAUCCCUGUGGAUUUCAAGUACAUAGCAGAGCCUAGUAUGCACUCAAUGCCUGCAGUGACUUUGUCUCCAAAUGGGAAAUGGCUAGCGUGCCAAUCGAUGGACAACCAAAUCUUAAUUUUUGGAGCACAGAAUAGAUUUAGAUUAAAUAAGAAAAAAAUUUUUAAGGGCCAUAUGGUAGCAGGUUACGCUUGUCAGGUGGACUUUUCGCCAGACAUGAGCUAUGUGAUUUCAGGAGAUGGAAAUGGAAAAUUGAAUAUCUGGGACUGGAAGACCACAAAACUCUACAGUCGAUUUAAAGCUCAUGAUAAGGUGUGCAUAGGUGCAGUGUGGCAUCCUCAUGAAACAUCGAAAGUCAUCACAUGUGGUUGGGAUGGUCUCAUUAAAUUGUGGGAUUAAUGAGAUUAAUCCUUAUCUAGGGUCAUUUUUGAUCCAAUAUCAUAUUUAACUAUAUUUAAUUAUUAAAUGUGUUAGAUGACAACUUGAUUUACAAAUUAUGAUUUCCUUACAUGGCCUUAUGAAGUUGACCCAUUGUUUAAAAAAAAAAACGUUUCUUGUAAAUUUGUCUCCUAUAAUUUCAUUGGCAAUUUCAUUUAUAGAUGUUAUUUAUACAGAGAAUGACCACUGACUUUCCAUUUGGUGAGGGUUAUUGUUGGCAGGCAGUUGGGGUUUACCCUGUCGAUAUACUGAAAGGAUCUCUCUCGAGUUGAGGAAGAAUCCCUGGUGGAUUUGGGAUUUUAAAGGAGGUAAUAUAACUAAUGACAAAUAAUUCUGAAAGGCACCAUAUGUGUACCUCUUCGACAAAAAGGGAAGUAAGGAACAGGGAUGAUAUAAUUUAAUGUGAAUGUGAAAGGAUAAAACCACCCACAAUUAUUGUUCCCAUUAUUUUUGGUGGGUCAAGUUCAAAUCUUUUGGAUUCAGGAGUUCUGCUAUUUUUUAUGGCAUAUAUUGUGUGUUUACUUGUAAGCCAGCAAUCUUCUUUAACUGCAGAUAUUCCUCUAAUUAUUAAAUGAUGGAAAAUAAACAGUCCAGAGUUCUUUCCUUGGCUUUCUUCCUGAUCAGUACAGACAGGACUAUAUAUAUAAUCAGAGAAUUAUGUUAUUUUUGAAGGUGACACUCAAGAGGAUGAGUGAAGACUUUGAAUUUUAUUUGUAUUUACUGUCUGUAAGGACCUGGCUACACUUUCAGAAAUCAGGGUCUCCUAGGUCAUUGAUUCAUAGAUGUUACUACUGAAAUACUCCUCAUAGGAGACAGGGUAUGAGAUCAUCGUCCAAAAUGUCACCUUGUCAUUUCUUUGAAGUUGUAUGUUUUAUCUUCAAAAUUAUUCUGAUCUUGCUCGUGGAUAUAGUCAACAGAACUUUUUAAGAUCAGAAAAAUGUUUAACUCCUUUCUACAUCUUUGAGUAAAAUUGCUACUCCAAGAAGAUGGCUAAGGUUCCCCAGUUUGAGAAGCAAUAACUGUGGUUGGUUGGUUUAAAAAAAAAAACUUUUAAGUUUCAAAUUGUGGAAUCAAGAUAGCCUCUCGA